CGUCGGGCGGAGCGCACGUUCUGCUCCCGCUGAAUUAUAGCGUAAAAAAUUCGAGACGAUUUUCGUCAACUAUUUCUGUAGCGGACUGGUGUGACAGUGCUGUGUUGUGCCGUGCAGUGAUUGUGUUUUGUGACGAUUUAGUGGGAUUUUUUUGGAGUUUUCGAGUUGUCGGGCGGCCACAGAUAUAGAAAAAUCUACAGCAAAUCUAAGAAAAUGCCUUGAAAAUGGAGAGACACACCGACGCGGCACGGCUCAAUGUAAUUCAGCGGAAAUAUGAAACUGACAUAAGUAAACAUGUAUGUUGAGAAGUUUUAUGAGAACAUUAGAACUGAGACUGUGAAGAAAAAAAGGCAGUUGAAGAUGGUACGAGAAUUGAAAAGGAUUGUUUAAGACUCGUAACGAUGCAAAGAAGGAGUUCCAACGCUGUUUUGGAAGAAAUUUUAGGAGAGAAAAUAAAACGAGCGAUAUAAAAGACGACUGAUGGCAAAUGAAAUCUUCCAAAACGUUAGCGCCAACGCUAGCGGCAGCAAUGUCCCCGACGCCGGCGACUCCGGCGUGUUCUUCAAGCUACGAGUCAGCGUGCUGCUGCUCAUCGUCAUCAUGGCGGUGCUGGGCAACCUGCUCGUCAUCGUCUCUGUUAUGAGACACAGAAAACUACGAGUCAUCACAAACUACUUCGUAGUAUCACUGGCCUUCGCUGACAUCCUAGUAGCUAUGGUGGUCAUGCCAUUCAACUUCAGCGUGCAAUUCUACGAUGAAUGGCGGUUCGGGUCCGUCAUCUGCGACCUUUGGAACUCUUCAGACGUCUACUUCACAUCUACAUCGAUAUUGCAUCUCUGCUGCAUAUCCGUUGACAGAUACUACGCUAUUGUGAAGCCGCUGAAAUAUCCCAUCAAGAUGACUAAAAAGAUGGCAUACAUCAUGUUAGCCGCGACCUGGCUCAGUCCUGUCACGAUCUCCUACGCCCCAAUCUUCACAGGCUACUACACCACCGCCGAACACGCCUUGUCCAGAGAAAACAACACCAAGACCUGCGACUGGGUCGUCAACAAACCGUACGCGGUCAUCUCCAGCUCUGUCUCCUUCUGGAUCCCUUGCACCAUCAUGAUCUUCACCUAUGUCGCCAUCUUCAGAGAAGCCAACAGACAAGAAAAAGCUAUCGCUGGACAUACAAGAUUAAUGCAAAGGCAUUCCAGAGAUAUCAAGGAUAAAAACAUCUUGAAUAUGAAGAGGGAAUAUAAAGCAGCCAGGACGCUGGGAAUCAUCAUGGGUGCUUUCAUUAUAUGCUGGCUCCCAUUCUUCCUGUUCUAUGUUUCUACUUCUUUAUGUGAAACUUGCAAGUAUCCAGAAGUUAUCAAUCCUAUUAUGUUCUGGACUGGUUAUUUCAAUUCAGUGCUUAAUCCUCUUAUUUAUGCGUAUUUUAAUAAGGAGUUUAGAAGUGCUUUUAAGAACACUUUGGCGUGUGCGUUUUGUAGUUAUUGUAAGAAAGACGCGUUGGAUUUGGAUGCUCAAGAACGAUUGGACAGACAAGGGUCUAAUCAUACAAGGAUGUCGACUUCUAUAAGAAGAAUUGAUUCAGAUGUGUGAAAUGUCUUUCAACUUUAAGGAGAAACAUGUAAGAUAUUUUUCCUGAAUGGUAUUGAUAAAAAAAACGGAUAGCCGUAACAAAGUGUACAAGAUUAUGAUAGCGUUUUUCUUUUAAAAACUUUUAAAAAUGAAAAUUUGCGUUUUCACAUUAGAAAAACCUAAAUUUCGGUUUUAAAAGAAUUUAUUUGAAUGCGUUUUCAAAAUUAAUAUUACCGAAAAGAUAAGGUAACGAUACGUUUUUAAAUGAUACGUGUUUGUAUACAAUGUAGUAAUAAAAUUUGAGAUAACGAUUUAAGUAACAGCUAUGAGCUUCGAACGUAAAUUAUAUUCUCAGCGUAGGUACAUAAUUAUGUAGAUAAUUUAUUUAAUUUGAUAAGUUGAAUAAGAACAAAAUCAAUUGUACGUAAAAUAUUAAUAAAUUUAUAGUUUUAUACCUAAGGUAGAUAGGGAUGGAUAAAGAAGUUACAUAGUUAAAUAUAGGCCGUCAACUUAAUUUUUAGAUAUUUAGAGUAAGUUAAUAUUUAGAGUAAGUUAACAUUUAGAGUAAGCUUCUCAGUAAUAAAGUUUAUAGUUACUACAAACUUGAAUCUCGUGUAUAAUUCUCAAAAAGCAUUUUUAGUUCUUUUACAGUAUUCUGUAAAACCUUUUUUAUUGGGAUCCAUCCUAAAACAUAAUUAUAAAGCUACAGGUACUUUUUACGCACACUUUUACCGUCACAACUUUACCAUUCGUGUCAACUGUACCUGUGGUAAAAAUAAAGUUGCCACGAAGGUAAAAUUGCCGCGUUUGACUUUAUUUUAAUGCGUACUCAUUUUGAACGUGUUUCAAUAUUUGAUUGCUUUUUAAAAGCUUUCCAAAUUAAAAACAUUCUCUUUAGUAAUGUUUGUUUCACGUGUAUAUAAUUAUGUCAAAGUUUUGUCGAAAAUAACAGUCGUUCCCAUGAAGUUUUUAAGUGCUUAAUUGUAUAGGAAGUAAUAUUCUUAGCAUUGUAAGGUAUAAUUAAAAGAUGCUUAAUUUUAUUCAAAGAAACGGGGACAAAAUUACGCUUUAGAUUAGAAAUUAUGUUUACAAAAUUAUCACUUAACAAUAGUUUUUUAAAUUAUUUUAACCAUUCUUUUGUGAAGUUAUGGAUACCUAUGGUAAUACUAUAUAUACGAGUAUAAUUUGUACCAUUGGGUCAAACUGAGGCAUAAUAAAAUUAUGUUGGUGGGCCAUUUUUUUUUUCAAAGUUAUCCAUCACUUUUUUUGUAACAUUUUACGCCAUUAAUACUCAGA